AUGGCUCUAAGAAUUCAAGAUCAAGAAUCCGGCGGAUCAACUCCGUUAGAAGGCGAUUCAGAGAACGCCGCAACUGGGCUAGCGGUUGUACAACUGGCUGCUAUUCUUAGAAAUGGCGGUCAGAUAGCUAUGGAUGUGAUAUCUCAUUCGUCCCCUGUCCUUGCAUCGUCAAGAUGGGCAAGUGAGAUGCACAUAAGCAAUUCCUGGGGGGUGAUCCAACACGUCGAAGGGUGUCGGCGAACAUCCGCCAUUGGUUGCCCGGAGACCAAAGGGAGAUGGCCGUGGUACAUCCUGUCCGGGCCAGUGGGACACAUCAGAUGCCACGAAAAGGUCAAUGUUGGCUGUCCCGGUGCUUUCGUGUUUGUUGGCUGGGUGGCUGAUUCUGUUGACGUCGACGUUUGGUGUUGGUGCUGGAAAGACAAAGCAGCUACACCGAAAGAAGGAUAUAUAGCCAGAAUCCCCACCUCCCUUUUUAUGCUUCAGGCAAAGAACUCUCGUAGAACUUCGAGCAGCCACAUCGGAGAAUACUUAAGAAGACGUGAUGGGGGAACGAUACGAGCGCCAUCGGGGCCGAAUCGUAGCCCAAGUCGGAGUGAGGAAGGUUGGCGGUAA